AUUUUGCAUUUCCGCACCAGGUGAUCAAGGAGGAUUACCAACAGAGAGAGAGAACUGUAAGUACACAAUACAGUUCUAUCCCCUGUCAGCUCCUGCACACUGCUAUGCAAGGCUUUGCAUAGCAGAGCCAUGCAAGGCAGUGUGCUUACAGUGAAGCACACACACAGCACACUUAGUAUAACAGUUAACCCCUUCCUGCCCAGUGCCAUUAGUACAGUGUCAGUGCUUUUUAUUAGCACUGAUCACAGUAUUGGUGUCACUGGGGAUGUAAGUGACACCAAGUCAGUACCCCCC